AUGGAGGCCGAACCAAUCAACCCCCUACCUCACCCCAGAAUUGUGACUGUCACCUUGCCCGCCACGCCCUCCGCCCCGACUGCCCCAUACAGCCACCCACCCUCCCCCGGCAACUCAAUCAGACACUCUCUCCAUUCGCCUGGCUCCCCGUCGAACGACCACUCCCCCUCCGCGCAGGCUCGGCAUCAGCUUACUCGCCCCCUCUCCCCCGACUUGCCCACUCGCGAUGCGCUCUACCUCUUCUGCAACUUUUCGAGCUAUAUGCGGAGCCCGCAGGAGGGGGCAGAUGGGAUCAAGGACAACACGGAUUUCCAUGAUACCAUCCGAUUACUGGAUUUCGCUAGGAUGAUGAGCUCCAAUCCGCACUCGAACGUCCACAUACUUCACAUGAAGUACCGCUUCCAAACGCCCGACCAAGGUUUGCCUGCUACUCGGCAGGAGAAACUGAGCGCACUGAAUCAUACGGACGAUCGAGGGCGGCGAAACAUGACGGUCCCGCAACCCUUCUCUACGCUCCAUGAUGCUGUCAUCAAGGUGGACUAUCAGGACAAUGGCGUCUUUCACCCACUUCCAGCCCAAGCGGUCUUCCAGCACAUCUCCAAGAUGUGUCAACCGCCGCCUCGAAUCAUCGUGAUCUCAUAUGUAGGGUCGAAGGCUACAGAAAAUCACACAUCCUCCAUAGCUGACUGGGCAACCACCUCGACUCCCCCUAUCUACGUCUUUUCCCCACUCGAGACCCGGCUCCGAGAACGCCGCUCCCUCUCGAAAGCCCUACAUCACGCGAUCUCUAUAUCGAUGUACGCCUGGCCUGUCGGGGCAUCCCACGCUUCCACUCCAGCUGCUAGCACCGACCCUGCUGCCCCCCACCGCUCCCAUUCCACCAACAACCCCACAUACUCCAGCUCCUCUUCCAUGACAACUCCUGCCAAGUACUCCCCCGGCAUUCGACGAGCCAGUGUCGACUCCCGCCCGCUCGCAUCACCCAGUAUGAGCCGACAAGCAGAGUACAGCCCGCGCACCUACCCCUCCGACCCGGUCGCCACGCUCAGCAUCCUCACUGAUGCGCAUCGCUCCCCCUCCCAUUCCCUCGCCGGCCCCGAAGCGCCCGGCGAUCGCGUUCCACUCUGGAUGCUCGCUCCUGGCGCGAGCGUCCUGCAUGGGUCGACGGCAGCUUCACUAGGCGUCAAGCUGUCGGACUUUUCGGCGGUGAAUCUAGAGCGGAGCAUAGAGAGCGGGGACAAGGGUUCGACGCCGCAGAAUCAGACGAUCGAUUCGAGGGUGCUGGGCAUACGGAUCCCGCCAGAGAAGAAGGACAAGGAGAAGGAGGUGAGGGAGACGAUGCGCACUCCAUCGGUCUCGCGCCCGCCUCUGGAUGCGCACAAGCGGAGAUCGAUGAGUGCAACGCCUGAACCCAUCUCUCGGACUGGGUCGGCAGCUUCGAUCCGUAUCACCAAUCCCAACGGGAACAAGCUGGAGCUGGUCCAGGGCCUCGAAACCAUCAAACAGGUCAAGGCUUUCCCCACCGAACACCUUACACCGCCAGACCAGGAUCCCCGACGGCUUUCCCCGCCCGACCGUCAGCCCGCAGCGCCCCUCCCGCUCAGCCAGCAGUCUUGGCCGCGGACAAAGUCUUGGCCGACAACGAGGGAGAAGGUACCGGGGUGGAGAAGGGGGCGGCGAGAGGUCAUGGAGGAUGCGCUGGACGAAGUUGGGAGGGAGGACGAGAUGAGCGUUGAUAGCGCGGGCAAUUUGACCUUGCAGAUGGAGUAUAUGGGAGUGGAUGGACCCAGAGAAGUGGAGAAGGGGGGAUCGUCGUCGAUCGAAGACAUGAUAGCGGGAGCGUUGAGGGACGAUAGAUGA